AUGAGGAAAACAGUUUUGUUGUGUGAUGCCUUUAUGCAAUGUUCUCCGCGCGUCGUGUUGUUCAAGCAUCGACGCAUAGUGGCUGUUCAUCCACAACAAGAUGAAAUUGAGUUUCAAUUCCAGAGGGUAGUGUGCAGAUGCUAUUACAUAGAAGGUGAUCUAAGGUAUCUUCUUCACUACCGCAUAGAGGAUAUGGAUAAUGCAUACCACAAUGAAGAAGUCCCAGCCAUUCCACUGCAAUCACAUCCUCAGGAGACAAGCCUAGGCUCGAGGAGCUUCUUAGAGCCGGCGCUGACUUCACAGUUAAAGACGCUGACAGAAGAACUGCUCUUGACUGAGCAAGCGGCGAGGAGAUCCGUGAUUCGAUUCUUGGAACACUAA